UAAAUACGCAGGGUUACGAGUCAAGAGUUCGUCAGAGAAUACGAACCCAAUGAUUCCUAUAUGUCCAGUGGUCUCCUUCACCUAUGUGCCCAGCCGGCUUGGUGAAGAUGCCAAAAUGGCUACCGGCAACUACUUUGGAUUUACCCACGGUGCUGCUGCACAGUACAGUCAGCAGGCGGGCCCGGUGGCCUACUCCCAGCCUACCACUGUGGCCAGCUACACGGUACACCAGGCACCGAUGGCGGCCCACACUGUGGCAGCAGCCUACGCUCCCACCGGCGCCACAGUUGCCGUAGCCAGGCCCGCCCCCGUCGCCGUGGCAGCAGCAGCCACCGCCGCAGCCUACGGAGGGUACCAGCCGGCGCACGCCACCGCCGACUACGGCUACGCACAACGCCAGCCGGACGUCCCCCCGCCGCCCCCCCCGGUCACCUCCCAGAACUACCAGGUGGGUUACCAGGACUCCUACUCCUACGUGCGGGCCACGGCGCCGGCGGUAACCUACGACCCUAAGCAGUACUACCAGCAACCCGUAGCUAGCGCUGCGGUAGCCGUACUGCCCCAACCCACGGCCGAGUCGUACUACCAGACCGCUUCCCUUAACACAUCCUGGGACACCACAUGGAAGAAAACCCUACCAGCCCCUAAAACCGGUUACAGCCAGCCCAGUCUGACUCCUUACACCCAACAGUCUCGUCAGGUGACGGCCAUCAAGCCUGCCACGCCCUCCCCCGCCACCUCCACUUUCUCCAUUUACCCCGUCUCCACCGUUCAGCCUGUAGCCGCCGUUGCCUCAGUCGUCCCCUCCUACUCUCAGAGCCCCACGUACAGCACCAACGCAGUCACGUACUCUGGUACCUCGUACUCCGGCUAUGAGGCGGCUGUGUAUUCUGCUGCCUCGACCUACUAUCAGCAGCAACAACAGCAGCAGAAACAGGCAGUAGGCUGGACCGGCAGCACCUUCACCAAGAAACCUCCCUUCCAGAGCAAGCAGCUGAAGCCCAAACAGGCGCCCAAACCACCACAGAUCCACUACUGUGACGUCUGUAAGAUCAGCUGUGCCGGACCACAGACCUACAAGGAACACCUGGAGGGCCAGAAGCACAAGAAGAAGGAGACUGCCCUAAAGGUGUCCCAGAGCAGCAGCAGCGGUGGUGGAGGAGUGGGCUCGGCCCGGGGGACUCAGAACCAGCUACGAUGUGAGCUCUGUGACGUCUCCUGCACCGGCGCCGACGCGUACGCUGCACACAUCAGAGGAGCCAAGCACCAGAAGGUGGUGAAGCUCCACACCAAGCUGGGGAAGCCCAUCCCCUCCACAGAGCCCAGUGUAGUGACCCAGACCCCCACCUCCACCACGGCAGCCCCCUCCAAAACACCCUCCUCCCACCCCCACGGCUCCACCACCACCGCCUCCUCCCUGCCCCCCUCCUCCAACUCCUCCUACCUGAAGCCGGUUAACAUCGUCAGCCAGGGUGGUGCUGGGGCCGGACUGGGGAAAGGUCUAGCGGUGAACAACCUAUCAGCAGCCACCACAGCUGUCAAGAAGGUCAACACCCCCAAGAUCAACUUUGUCGGGGGAAGCAAGCUCCAGACUACUGGGAAGGUGACCGAGGAAGCCAAGGUGGAGGCAUCCAAGCCUCCUCCGCCCUCAUUGGUCCCCCAACCUCAGGAGACGAAGAACGAGUCCUCUGAUUCGCUGUCCACCCUGGCCGCCCUGCAGAGUGACGUGCAGCCUGUUGGACACGACUAUGUGGAAGAGGUGCGUAAUGACGAAGGCAAGGUGAUCCGGUUCCACUGCAAGCUGUGUGAAUGUAGCUUCAAUGAUCCCAAUGCCAAAGAGAUGCAUCUGAAGGGCAGGAGACACCGCCUGCAGUACAAGAAAAAGGUGAACCCAGAGCUGCAGGUGGAGGUGAAGCCCUCUAUCAGAGCCAGGAAGAUCCAGGAAGAGAAGAUGAGGAAACAGAUGCAGAAGGAGGAGUACUGGAGGAGGAGAGAGGAGGAGGAGAGAUGGAGGAUGGAGAUGAGGCGUUAUGAGGAGGACAUGUACUGGCGUCGUAUGGAGGAGGACCACCACUGGGACGAGAGACGUGGGGGACCCAGGAUGCCAGGGGAUGGGCCUUACCUCCAGGGGCCACCUGGACCUCCUGGACUACUGGGGGUCCGACCUGGCAUGCCCAUCCCUCAACCACAGGGACCUGUACCUCCCCGUCGGCCGGACUCGUCAGACGACCGCUACGUGAUGACGAAGCACGCAGCCAUCUACCCCUCUGAGGACGAGCUGCAGACCAUCCAGAAGAUCGUCUCCAUCACAGAGAGAGCCCUCAAACUGGUCUCAGACAUCAUCAUCGACCAGGACAAGACCAAGGAGACUACUGGGGAGGAGAAGGAUGCAAAAGAGGUCUCCAAGACUCCCCAAGACCGAGCUCUUAAAGGGGUGAUGAGGGUGGGGGUGCUGGCUAAAGGACUGCUGCUCCGUGGAGACAAGAAUGUUAACCUGGUCCUGCUCUGCUCAGAGAAACCCACCAAGAAUCUGCUAAGCCGCAUAGUGGAGCAUCUUCCCAAGCAGCUGACGCUGGUGACCCCAGAGAAGUACGAGGUGAAGGGCUCCAUCCAGGACUCUUCCAUUAUCCUGAUGUCUGGAGCCGACCCCAAAAUGACAGUCACCAUCACCCUGACCUCCCCUGUCAUCCGAGAGGAGGAGACCCCUGCCACACCCCCGCCACGGGACGGAGAUGUAACCGGGGGCUUGGUGCGAGACCCGGCGGACGUCUUGGACAGGCUAAAAUGCCUUGACGCUCUAGCGGAUCUCCGCCACGCUAAGUGGUUCCAGGCUAGGGCCAACGGACUCCAAUCCUGUGUGAUUGUUAUUCGUAUCCUGCGUGACCUCUGUCAGAGGGUUCCCACGUGGUCCGCCUUCCCCAGCUGGGCCAUGGAGCUGCUGGUGGAGAAGGCCAUCAGCAGUGCCUCCGGCCCCCUGAGUCCAGGCGAUGCACUGCGACGAGUCUUUGAAUGUAUUUCCUCCGGGAUCCUGCUCCCCGGUGGUCCGGGGUUGGUGGACCCGUGUGAGAAGAACCCCACUGAUACCCUGACAACCAUGAAGGAGCAGCACAGGGAGGACAUCACCUCAAGUGCCCAGUUCGCUCUGCGGCUGCUAGCGUUCCGUCAGGUGCACAAGGUGCUGGGUAUGGACCCACUGCCCCAGAUGAACCCCCGCUUCAACAUCCGCAACAACCGUAAGCGUCGCCGUGAGAACAGCGACGGGACGGACGGAUUCGAGGGCGAAGGGAAGAAGGACAAGAAGGAUUUGGACAGUAGUUACUAGGAUCUGUCCACCCCUCCACCCAGUUGGACAGUAGUUACUAGGACCUGUCCACCCCCCCCUCCACCCAGUUGGACAGUAGUUACUAGGACCUGUCCCCCCCACCCCUCCACCCAGUUGGACAGUAGUUACUAGGACCUGUCCCCCCUCCCACCCAGUUGGACAGUAGUUACUAGGACCUGUCCUCCCUCCACCCAGUUGGACAGUAGUUACUAGGACCUGUCCUCCCUCCACCCAGUUGGACAGUAGUUACUAGGAUCUGUCCACCCCCCUCCACCCAGUUGGACAGUAGUUACUAGGACCUGUCCA